AUGACUUUGUUCGAACUUCCGUCGGCGCCGUCGACGAGAUCUCUUUUUACUCGUGUUUUCUCCGGUCAAUCGCUCUCUUUGGUGGUAACAGCGACGGGAUCUAUGGAGCUCGUGAGGACAGAGCUCUCGAUCCUUUCCUUCAACCCACCAAAGACACAAGCUUUUUCGCCGGUUCUCUCUCACCUCCGAGUGAGUCUACUUCCGGCUCUGCCGAAACUUCCGCCGGAACCACCGGAUCUGCGGUCACACUGCCUAUUUCUGGCUUACCUUCAGCUUGGAGACCCUGAACCUCACUCUCACCAUCCGCAUCCUCUGCCUUUGACAGAGUAUCAUCAGUCGCCUCCAUCUGCUAUUGUUGUCGCCGGACUUGUUCUCUGCUCCGGCAUCUUGUCCGAUCUCAGGCCGCUACAGUACAACUCUCAAUCUCUCUUCGGUCCUGAUUUGCUAUGGUUUUGGCCCAUAUUGUCCUCCAUGGAUUGCUGCUGCACACCUGCUCUGGGGCUUGGCCCUUUCCCAUGUUAUUCAUGGUGCCCAUUCUCACCGUCGAAAGCUCAAGGUCUCUGGUUUAGUUUUCAUCUUCAAACUGUCCUCGAUCUGGUCGGAAUAAGCUGUAGCCUCGACGAGUCUUCUUUCACAGCUCCGUUCAUAUUCACCAUCCUCUCCUCCAUCAUUCCUCAAAGCUUUGGCCAUUUGAAGCUUUCCGUCCUACUCCUCGCCGGCGAAGGGACAUCGGGAUCUUGGAUUCCCGCCAUUGUCAAUUUGCAUAUCUUGUACCGGUGUUGUAUAUUUCUGGACUUCGUCCAUGUCUUGCCCACAACGAGCUCUGUUUUGAAGAAGUCUCUAUCAAGAAAGCUCUUUUCAACGUGUUUUAAAGAUAGUCGAACUGAAGUUGCGGCUCAAUUUGACAGUAAGGUCUCACAGCUUCGUGAAUCUGUCCGAAGACCCAAUGCCGGAAUGUUUUCAGCUCUUCUUGUUUGGGAGUUGUUUAACAUUUCAACCUCCUCCGUUGGCAUGGAGAGUUCGCUCCCACCUUCCUCUCUUUACAGAGAGAGAACAUUACCACCUUUUCCCUUCUCCAUGAGAAGUGGAUGCUUCUCGGACUCACACCCGAGUAAGUUCUACAACCUUCUGACCUUUUUGUUAUCUUUUGUUUCUGUCUACAUGGAAAGUGAAGAUGCAACCGGAAUUGAUUCAUCAAAUUUUGGAGGAAGAAGCUCUGUUUUAACGUCACUUUUGAUCUCACUUAUGAUCGUGACUAGGCUACAAAAAUCCGGCCAGGCCGUGAUGUAUCUUCCGACGCGUUUAAGCUCUGCUUAUAACCUGCUGUCACAUGAAGAUUUAUCUAUCUUUUGCUUUGUUUUUCUUAUGAUGUAUGGUAGUAUUCAAAGAGGAUGGUUAAUUCCCUCUGCCUUGUGUAACCCCAAAGCUUAA